CCUGGCAACACUGAUCGUGACCAUUCUCGGGUUUGCUCGGGUUCCUUUCUGGUGCGAAAAAAAUUGAUGAAAAUGUGUGGUCGAAUUUGUUGCUCAUUGAACAGAGACACUUUGUGUUGUGCGUGUGGAUAUAAGGAUGCCAAUGGCAAACAACGUAAAUUGACAUGGGCUAAAACUGAAUUAAAAUAUGAUCCGUCAUAUAAUAUGUGUCCACGAGACGUUUUGCCUUGCAUAGUAUCUGGUUCACAUUUUGAGGGAGAAAAAGAUGAACGAGUCCUUUGCGCUAUGACAUGGGGCAUGAUUCCACCUUGGCAUCAGGGAGAUUAUCAGAAACGUUUAAAUAAGAUAUCCACUCACAAUAGUCGUUUGGAAAAUAUACAGAACUCAACAAUGUAUUCUCCAUCAUUACAAAAGCAACAGAGAUGCAUUGUGGUUUGUGAAGGCUUCUACGAAUGGAAAUCCAGUACAGAUAAGAAACUUCAGAAGCAACCGUACUACAUAUAUGCGACUCAAGACGAAGAUAUAAAAGCAGAUGAUCCUACAACAUGGCUUAACGAAUUUUCUGAGACAGAUGGAUGGAAAGGUUUCAAGGUAUUGAAACUAGCUGGCAUAUUUGGAAUACACAAAACUGAGGAGGGGAACAUCAUACAUAGCUGUACUAUUAUUACAAGAGAGAGUAACAAGAUAUUGUCUUGGUUGCAUCAUCGUAUGCCAGUAUGUUUGAGUAAUGAGGAAGAAUGCCAAGUAUGGUUAAGUAAAGAUUUAUCAACAGAUGCAGCUGUUAAAACGUUGAAUGACAUGAUAUUACAAGAAACCUCUUUAAACUGGCAUCCAGUAUCUACGGUUGUCAAUAAUGGAUUCAAUAAAACUAUAGAUUGUAGAAAAAAAAUAAAGCCAAAAGAGGUCGGUCAAGCAUCUUUUAUGUCUUCUUGGUUGCAAAAGGGAUCAGCUGCUUCAAAUAAAAGAAAAAACACAAAUAAUAAAGAUACAAUCAAUGAUGAAAGCAAAGAUACCUCAAAAAUUCGGAAAGAAAAUUAAAAUUUGUAAGAAACGGCCAAUUAAAUAUUUAUAUAUACCUAACUUAUUUUUCUUUCAAGAUAUACUGUAUUCAACUAUUCAAAAUAUACUGCAAACAGCAUAUCUUAUAAAGUUUGUACAUAUAAUUAUUAAUUAAUUUAUAUAUUUUAACUAAAUUAAUUUAAUAUAUUAUCAUAAAAACUCAGGAAACAGAAAACUACCUCUUAGAAUUACAUUUUUUAUAACGCAUAUUUUUUAAAAAUUGUAUUUUAAAAAUAAAAUGUAUCGCUCUUAAUAAAAUAUAUAAUAGUUAAAAAUA